GCCGUGCAGCGCGGGGGGCGGGGGCGAGGCCGGUGGACGGGGCGGGGGCGCGCACGCACGGGGGCAAGGCGCGGCCCCGCGGCAUUGCGUGCGCGCUCCCUUCCCCCCCCCCCGCCUUCCCCUCUCUCUCUCUCUCCCUCUCUCCUCUCUUCUUCGUCGCGCUCGGCCGUUUCUUCCCCCCCCCCUUUGUGAGGCGCUCCGAGUGGCCCGGACAUCGCUGACUCGCCAUGGCCGACGAGAAGCCUAAGGAAGGAGUGAAGACUGAAAACAAUGACCACAUUAAUCUGAAGGUGGCAGGGCAAGAUGGGUCUGUGGUGCAGUUUAAGAUUAAGAGGCACACACCACUUAGUAAACUAAUGAAAGCCUAUUGUGAACGACAGGGGUUGUCGAUGAGGCAAAUCAGAUUCCGGUUCGAUGGGCAGCCAAUUAAUGAAACAGACACACCCGCACAGUUGGAAAUGGAGGAUGAAGAUACAAUUGAUGUGUUCCAGCAGCAAACAGGAGGAGUUUACUAAAAAUCAAACACACACAAAAAGAACCUGCUACUUUCCUCUCCAGAACUGUGCUCCCACAGGCAACACAUCUACAAUUAGAAAAAUGAGACUUGGUUCAGCCACAUCCUGACUACUGCAGUAUAGUUUUCUCUCUUCUCUCUCUUGAUUUUUUUUUUCCUAUUCCUUAUAUUGUACAUAAAGUAACUGGUGUAUGUGCACAGACAUAAUGCAUAUUUUUUUUAACUAAAUGGCCAAUGGUAUGUUUUGAUCAACAUUUAAUGGAGAUGGGGUGGGAAAACAAACUGGUUCUGUGAAAAUGCCCCUGUCUCCGUUAGUGGCAUGCUCCUUCUACUUUUAUCUUUAUAUUCCAGUAAGUUAUUUUGCUCUCACUGUUUGAAAACAAAGAAAAAAAAACAACAAAAAAAACAACCUUGCAUACCUUGUUUGAUUGGAUAAUUUCAAUGUUUUUCUUUUAUCAUUGUAAAACCAAGGACAAUUUUAUAACUUUUUUGUACGUAGCUGUUACAUGUAGAGCAAUCUCUGUCUUAAGUAGGGGUAAAUUACUCUUAAAAAAAAAUCCUAGAUAGUUUUCCCUUCAAGUAAAGCGUCUUGUUGUUUAAAUAAACUUCUUGUUUAAAAUAA